UCAAAACUCUCAUUUCUAUACUUACUUUGCUCCACAAAUUAAACCUCUGAAACUACAAUGGCUCUCAGGAAAUCAAACAAGUUACCUCAAACAGCAGUUAUCAAGCAGAUUCUCAAGAGAUGCUCAAGUUUAGGAAAAAAACAAGGAUACGAUGAGCAAGGCCUACCAGUUGACGUACCUAAAGGCCAUUUCGCAGUCUAUGUUGGAGAGAAGAGAAGCAGAUUCAUUGUUCCAAUCUCCUUGUUAACUCACCCUGAGUUCCAAAAUCUUCUUCAAAGAGCAGAAGAGGAGUUUGGCUUUCAUCAUGACAUGGGUCUCACCAUUCCUUGUGAAGAAGUAGUCUUCCGUUCUCUAACAUCUAUGCUCAGCUGAAAUUGAAGAAAAAAAGUAGGAGUUUUUCAGAUAAUUUUCUUUGGGCUAUGGAGAAGAUGAUAAAGGUCAUUGUGAUGUGUUGGUGGGUUCCUCUGUUACAAUGAUUCUGACCCAAAACCCAUGAACAUUUUCUGAGUUAGAUAACUUGGAUUUGUAUAUUUUUUAAGCUUGAGAUUUUCCUCACAGUGGUGUGUGGUUGCGCGCACCCUGUGAGAGAACUGAUUAAUGAAAGGAAAAUGAAUGUGAUUUCUUUAUUUUCAA